CUUUGCACAUAACCUGACAUCCAGUUGAAAACGGGUUGGAGAAAAGCCACGAGUUCGGCUAAGACGAUCAAUUAAAUUAGGCUCCCGAUUCGAGAAAAAGAGGAGAUGUGAAAAGUGAACUUGAUCAGAUCAGCACGUCUAAUCUUCCGAUACUACGACCUUGUGACAGUUAGCAUUGUUUUUAGAAUUCCCUUCACACGUGACAAAUUUAAACUCAACAAUGGAAGGCGAUGGUUUCCAAGUUAGAAUAAUAGGCGAGGAAAAGGGUAAAGGCAUCUUUUCUUUGAAAUCAUUCAAAGAAGGAGAAGUAAUAUUCCAAGAGAAGCCUAUCGUCUGUUGCCAAUUCUCAUGGAAUGCAGAGUAUGGAUACUCUGCCUGUGACAACUGCAUGAGCCCGUUAGAAACAGCGGAAGAAAAUGCUAGACGCCUUGCUGGCAAACCGGACUUAGUUCUGCCUUAUCCCGAGUGCUGCCAAACCAAGAAGGAAUCAAUUGUGGCCUGUCCAGACUGUGAAGUAAAAUACUGCUCAGCGGAAUGUCAGCAGGAGAGUCUUAGCAGGUAUCACCAAUACUUGUGCCAUAAGUCCCGUAAUGAUCCUGAAAACGACAGUCAUCCUUUGGUGAGACUAAACGAAGCGUGGAAGCAGAUGCAUUAUCCACCGGAAACAGCUACUAUAAUGUUAUUGGCUAGAAUGGUUUCAAUGGUCGAGCAAUGUUCAGAUAAAGAGACGGUCCUAUACACUUUUGGCCAAUUUUGUAGACGUGCUGUUAACGAAACGCAAGAAAUUUCUCACAAUUUAUUAGGAGAAAAAUACAUUGGGCAGAUCGAUAUGUUGAGAGAAAUGGCACAAUCUGCUCUAAACAACGAGGCUGUAGCACAUUGGUUCACUCCCGAUGGAUUUAGGAGUAUCUUGGCUCUAAUUGGGACCAAUGGCCAGGGUAUUGGAACAAGUGCUUUUAGCCGAUGGGUAAGAAACGUUUCAGCACUUGAACUGCCUAUGGACAAAAGAAUGGAAGUUGACAAAUUGAUUGAUAGGAUAUACGACGACAUGGAAGAAGUCGUCGGAUCAUUUUUGAAUAACGAAGGCUCAGGUCUCUACAAACUUCAAUCAGCUGCCAAUCACAGCUGCGCCCCAAACGCAAUAGUCGAAUUUCCUUACUCUAAUAGUACCCUGGUGCUUAAAGCACUCAGAGACAUACGACCGGAGGAAGAGAUUUGUAUCAGUUAUUUGGAUGACUGUGCCUUAGAGCGGAGCAGGUACUCUAGGCAGAAAGCUCUCAGCUCACUCUAUCUAUUCGUAUGCAGGUGUGAUAAGUGCCUGUCUCAAGCUGACGACCCGAAUGAAACUUCCGAUGACUAUGACGAUGAUGACGACGAUGGUGAUGAUGUAGACAUGUAAAAAAUUAACAUGUUUAUCCAUUAACAUCUUGCGAAAUAUUGAGGCAGCUAAUACUUGUCCUCUUUAUUCAACGAUACCGUUAAAACGCAGCAAUAAUUUGCCUACAUUACAUUUUAUACAUGCAUGCUCACGCGUACUUAUAUGAGUACAAUAUAUAUCUACGCUAACGUUCACUUAGCAGACAUUAUAUGUUAGUAAAUAUCCAUACUUACAUAUACCGUAUAUGUAUGCAUUUUUGCGGUAUUAAUAACGUUUUACUAAACAUAUAUUGAUGUGGUAUUUUGUACUUUAUUACCGCUAUAUUUCUGAGUGAGAUCCUAUCCAGUAAUAAAAACGACAUGAAAAAUAUAAAAAUGAC